UUUGUUGCAACAAUAAUAACACCACCCCAAUAGUAUAUAAAAGUUCAUAAUGGCACCACAACAGGUAAAAUUACCAGAUGAAGAUCUUGAUUGGAUUCAAAUGCGCCAGGAAUCGGGCCCAGUGUUUCCCGAGACGACCAAAGAAAAGAUGAUGCGCAAAAUUAAGGAAAAUCCCUUAGUACCCAUUGGUUGUCUUGCCACCGCCAGUGCACUGGGUUUUGGUCUCUACAACUUCCGUUCGGGCAAUCGCCAAAUGUCACAGAUGAUGAUGAGAGCGCGUAUAUUAGCGCAAGGUUUCACAGUGGCCGCUUUAGUUGCCGGUGUUAUGAUGACGUACGGCAAGAAAGAAUAAUGUUGAGUUGAGACAUUCCCAAAGGCUGGAUCCUCUCAAAUUAUUAACUUUUACUAGCUUUACAAAGGUUAAUACGAUUUUUGAACGCAAUUUAUUGUUUUAUUUUUAGUAUAUUUAAGAUUUGCAAAAAAGGUAUUGCUAUAAUAAACGAAAUAAAUGUUUUGUGAUACAA